UAACUUUAACAUCUCAUGUCUCUUUUUCGUGAUACUCGACCACGUUAUUUAGCUAGCGUGAAAGUAUUUCUUAAAUUUUAAUUUUUGUUAGAUUUAUACAUAUUAUAUUGUCUAGACAAAUGGCUCCAGCCGCUGCAAAACAGGGUGGAAAAGCUGGUGGUGGCGAUAAAAAGCCUGCGGCGAAAAAGCCGCAGGCUCAACAACCUGCCAAGGCAAAACAAGAUGCGCCUAAGCCUAAGGCUGAACCUAAGGCACAGCCGAAAAAGGCUGAACCUGUAGUGGAACCUAAGCAGCAAGCCAAGAAGGACACCAAACAACAAGCAGCUCCUAAAGCUCAACCGGCCCAAGAAAAAAAACCAACCAAGGAACAACCUAAAAAAGAACCUGCACCAGCUCAAAAGAAGGCCGCAGAUAAGAAAAGUCAGGAAAGCGGCAAAAAAACUCCUGCUCAACAACCAGCUAAAGCGUCUGCUAAACCAGAACCAACCAAGGGAAAUGCCAAAUCUGCAAAACCAGAUGCUAAAGGUAAAAAACCCGAACCAGAAAAGCCUAAGGCCAAAGAGCCUGAAGUAAAACAGGCUAAAAAAGGUCAGCAACAAGCAGCAGCACCUCAGGCUAAGGGCAAAAAAGAAGAACCCAAAAAGGUCAAAGAAGAACCUAAAGGUAAAGCUGUUAAACGGGCUGCUGAAGAAGCACCUAAGGCUACUAAAAAGGAUAAGAAAGAACCAGCUAAAGUUGAAAAGAAAGCUGAACCUGCUGAAGCUAAGAAACAACCGAAAGCUGCCAAGAGUGCUCCUGUCGCCGAAAAAAAAUCUACUGAUAAGAAACCUGCUGCCGAUAAAAAACCUGCCGCUGACAAGAAACCGGUGGCUGAAAAAGCUGCUGCUGCUCCACCUAAAAAAGCAUUGACAACCGCUGCUGUUAUUAAGAAAACUGUAGCCCCUCCAGCAUUGAAGAAAGCACCAGGUGCUGCUUCAAAACCCAAAUUGAAUAAAAAAGCAAAUUCAGCACCUAAGAAGCCAAAAGCUACACUUAGAGGUAAAGGAGCUGCUUUAAAAAAGAAGAAAGAAACCCGGAAAAUGACAAUUGAUUGUACCCAUCCAGUCGAAGAUAGUAUUAUGGAUGUCAACAAUUUCGAAAAGUUCCUCCAAGAGCGAAUGAAGUAUAACGGAAAGACAAAUAACUUUGGAAAUGUUAUAUCUCUGGAGAAAACCAAAACGAAAAUUAUGGUUAAUUCUGACGUACCUUUCACGAAACGGUAUUUGAAAUAUUUAACGAAAAAGUACUUGAAAAAGAACAAUUUAAGAGAUUGGUUGAGGGUUGUACACAGUGGACCAGACAGUUACGAACUCAGAUACUUCCAGAUUAAUAAUGCUGAAGAUGAUGAUGAAGAGGAAAAUGCUGAUUAAAGAUAAAACUUUUAUUUUGUUUUUAAGUGUUUGACCUUGUAAAUCAUCUUGAUAAAUAAAAAAAAAGAAAAGAAA